AAUAUGUAGGAUGUGUCUGUGUUUACAACUAAAUAAUAUUAAUGUGUAUUUACAGUGUGACAUCUUCACUCAUUAACCUCGCAUUUAAUCCGACACCGGGGCUUGCUGUUAUAAAUAUUUAAUCCAUACUAGAGAAGUGUGUUCAUUGUUCCUGAACUUACCAUCUAAUUAUGCAGAGAGACUGAUAGACACCGUCUGACUAGAAUUCAUAGCUAGCUGCAGUAUCAUCUUCCUCGGCAGGCAAUGCAUGGGUAAAAUAAACAAUGGUCUGGGAAGAGGUUGGGAGUAAUUUUCUGAAUAUGUUUUUCUUCAGGUUUCAUUCAAGAGGGACGGGGAAUUUAUUGAAGUUGUUCCAAUGGCAGAGCCCCCAGCUGCUGCAGCCGGACUGAUGGCCUAUCGGGCGUCAAAGAACCUACUUAAUCGGGAUAUGGACGACACUAAAAUGCAAAAAUCCCUUUCACUGCUGGAUACAGAGGAGAGGGGGCUGAGUCCUUUCACUGAAAAACCUUUCCGAAUACGUACAGGUGACCAAGAACCUAUGUCCAUCCCUGUGACGGAGGCCAUCCCAGAAACGGUGGUCAGUCUAGAAUUUCCGCGUUGGGUUCACAGUACGGAUCCUGCUUAUUUCUUCCACCAAAUGCAUCUUCCAAUGAGUGAUGGGACAGUGGAGGUUCGAGCAAUGCUCACCUGGACUUUAAACCCACAAGUGGAUAAUGAAGCUCUGUUUAGCUGUGAAGUGAAGCACCCAGCACUCUCCAUGCCUAUGCAGUCUGAAGUUACACUAGGUAAGACUUUCUCCAUUCUUCAUGAGCUGCACUUGUUCAGUACAAUAUAAGGCCACCACCAGUGUCGAAUGUCUUAUAAUAAAAUACAUAAUUCUCUUAUGGGCCGUUUAUACAUGGAGACAUGUGGUGUGUUUAGAUCCGUAUACACCCACACACUCACAUUUAUCUACACACGUACCUCCACACAGAUACACACAGGGGCGGACUGAGAACACUCAGGGCCCCCGGGCAAAAUAAAUCAAGGGCCCCCUUCAGGCCCCACCCACGUUCUGUCGCAAGCCCCACCCUUGUCCCACCUCCAUGCCCCUCCUCCAGCCACACCCUACACAAUCUUUAGACACAAAGAACAAAAGUGCAAUAUGUUCUAAACAAGUGUAAUUUAAUUAACGAAUGCAAAAACCAAACUGUGCAAAAUAAACAAAUGCACAAAGACAAUUGCAUUACCAAUGAUAGACAAACAAAAACAAGUGCAUUACAAAAUCAUAAACAGACAAAGCCAGAGUAUCAUAAAUAGACAAACCAAAACAAGUGCAUUACAAAAUCAUAAAUAGACAAACCAAAACAAGUGCAUUACAAAAUCAUAAAUAGACAAACCAAAACAAGUGCAUUACAAAAUCAUAAAUAGACAAACCAAAACAAGUGCAUUACAAAAUCAUAAAUAGACAAACCAAAACAAGUGCAUUACAAAAUCAUAGACAAACCAAAACAAGUGCAUUACAAAAUCAUAAACAAACCAAAACAAGUGCAUUACAAAAUCAUAAAUAGACAAAACCAGAGUAAUACAAAUCAAACAGACAAAACCAGAGCAAUACAAAUCAUAAACAGACAAAACCAGAGCAAUACAAAUCAUAAACAGACAAAGCCAGAGUAUUACAAAUCAUAAAUAGAGAGCAGACGUGCCAACUCGAGCUCCAGUCCUUCUGAGAAAAACGACGAUUAAAGAAAGAAAAUCAAGCAUCAACCCACUGCAGAGGGAUAUUGGCGCAGGGAUCAGUUAAAGGAUCACCACGGUGUCAGGAAAACAAACUCGUUUUACUGACACUAUAUAACCCUUAGGUUCCCCCUUCCGGUGUGCUAAAGGAGUUAAAACCCCUUCAGCCACUUACCUUUAUCCAGUGCAGUGACUCGCGGUGACCUCUCCACCCCCGCCGGCGUCAGCUCCCAAGUGGGGCGUAAUCCGCGGCAAGAGCACGAUUUUCGCAUCCAGUGUCACAGAAGCGCCUCUAGCAGCUGUCAGGAAGACAGCCACUAGAGGCUGGAUUAAUCCUGCAAUGUAAACAUAGCAGUUUCUCUGAAACUGCUAGUUUUACAUUUGAUGGUUUAAAACCUAGGGGGCCAGGCACCCAGACCACUUCAUUGAGCUGAAGUGGUCUGGGUGAUUGUAGUGUCCCUUUAAGUAAAUAAAGGGUUUAUUUUGUAUGCAUUGAUGCAGACUAGCAUUCGGCCGAAUAGAAUACUGGAGUACUGGCGAAUGAGUUUUAAAAAUAUAUAUAUUUAAUAUAGUCAAAAAAUAUUUUUUUUAGAUAGAGAUAUAUAUAUAUAUUUUUUUUAUUUAUUUAAAAAGGGUGCCCAAAAGGUAGAUUCCCAGAUGUUUUUAAACAACAGCUUAUACAAUGCUUUGCCAUUCUAAAAGCAUGCAAAGCAUCAUGGGAGUUGUAGUUCUACAACAUCUGGGUAGCUACCUUUCGUGCACUCCUGCUAUAAACUAUACAAAAUCCAGUACACUCACCCACGUUUUGAAAAAUAUAAUUGUUUUAAAAAAAAAACACAGGAAUGAAGCAAAAAUAGAGGUACUCUAGCUACAGUAUAUGAUCAUCUGCAUCAGCUUGUCACAAAGUCAAUGUGUCCCAUAAUGUAAGCACAUUUAAGAGAGUGCAGAUUCACGGUUUCAUAUAUAUGUGCUCCGUGAAUGUUAUAAGUGAUUUUAUAUAUUUUUUAUUUUUCUAACAAAAGUUACUAUAAUGCAUGGCUUGACAAAUUUGUUUGAAAUCUAGGAGUCAGCUAAAAAGUUAGCAGCCAGUCUUUUUAACCCCUUAAGGACACAUGACAUGUGUGACAUGUCAUGAUUCCCUUUUAUUCCAGAAGUUUGGUCCUCAAGGGGUUAAACGAACAAAGCUUCAUUUUAAAAAAUGAAAAACACAAUUCUUAAGGGGACACUAUAGUCAUCAGAACCACUGCAGCUUAAUGUAGUUGUUCUGGUAUCUGUAGCAUGUCCGUGCAGGAUUUUUAAUGUAAAGACUAUCUUUUCAGAGAAAAGACAGUGUUUACAUUGCUGUCUUGGGACACCUCUUGAUACCUCUGAUACCUAGGCCAAGUUGGCUCCUCUUACCUCAAUUACGGUUGCUGGUUGGCAGUCUGUGGCCGCGGCUGGCAGGCUGUGGGCUUGCUGGCUGUAGGCCUGUGGCCGGCUGCUGGCCUGUGGAUGGCUGUGGGCAGCUGGCCUGUGGGUGGCGGGCGGGCAGGCUGGCUGGCCUGUGGCGGGCGGCGGCGGCUGCCCUGUGGCGGGCGGGCGGCCUGUGGCUGGCUGGCUGGGGGGCCUGUGGUGGGCGGGCGGCGGCUGGCCUGUGGCUGGCUGGGGGGCCUGGGCCUCUGGCUGGCUGGCUGCUGGGGGGCCUGGGCCUCUGGCUGGGGGGCCUGGGCCUCUGGCUGGCUGGCUGGGGGCCCUGGGCCCCUCUGGCUGGCUGGCUGGGGCCUCUGGCUGGCUGGCUGGCUGGGGGGCCUCUGUGGCUGGCUGGCUGGGGGGCCCUCCUGGCUGGCUGGCUGGGGGCCUCCUGGCUGGCUGGCUGGCUGGGGGCCUCUGGCUGGCUGGCUGGCUGGGGGCCUCUGGCUACAGCUGGCUGGCGGGGGCCUCUGGCUGCCCGGCUGGCUGGCUGGCUGGGGGGGCCUCUGCUGGCUGCCUGGCUGGGGGGCCUCUGGCUGGCUGCCUGGCUGGGGGGCCUCUGGCUGGCUGGGGGGCCUGGGCCUCUGGCUGGCUGGCUGGCUGGGGGGCCUGGGCCUCUGGCUGGCUGCUGGGGGCCUGGGCGCCUUGCCGACCUUGCUUGGCUGGCUGCUGGGAUCUGAAGACCUGCUGGGAUUCAAGUUAUUCAGGACAGCAUGGCUUCCGGUCCCGUGCAGGCGGCGCCCGUCGACGUCAUCACGUCACGUAGUGACGUCGACGCACCUCCGCGCACAGGACCGGGCCCCUCCUCCUCCUAUAGAGGUAAGUAUGCUGCGCCAAGCCCGCCCCCCGAUCGCCUACAAAAUGAUUUUUGAAGUCCGUGCACAUUAUGUUAUGUGCACGGCAGCGGCGGGCCCCCUUGCCGGCCGGGCCCUCGGACCAUGUCCGAAGUGCCCGACCGGUCAGUCCGCCCCUGGAUACACACACCCACACUUAUCUAUAAACAUACCUCCACACAGAUACACCCACACUUACUUACACACACAUACCUCCCCACAGAUAUACCCAUACUCAUCUACACACAUACCUCCACACAGAUACACCCACACGUAUUUACACACAUACCUCCACACAGAUACACCCACACGUAUUUACACACAUACCUCCACACAGAUACACCCACACGUAUUUACACACAUACCUCCACACAGAUACACCCACACACCUGCCUAUGUACACAUUAUCCACACACCACAUUCAUCUACACACAUACCUCCACACAGACACACCCACAGACCUACCUCCAUACCCAUACAUCCACACGCCUAGCUCUACAGAGGUACAUUUACAAACCUACCUCCACACACAUUCAUCAACACACAUAUCUCCAUACACAUACAUCCAGACACCCACAGUCCUCUACACACAUAACUCCACACAGAUACACCCACAGUCCUACCUCCAUACACAUACAUCCACACACCCACAUUCAACACACAUAUCUCCAUACACAUACAUCCACACACCCACAUUCAUCAACACACCUUCCUCCAAACACAUUCAUCCAUACAACCAGCUCCACACAGAUACACCUAUACACCCACAUUCAUCUACAUCCAUACCUCCACACAGAUAAACCCACAUUAAUUGACACAUAUUCACAUUCAUUUACACACAAAUAUACAGAUAUACACACACAUACCUCCACCUAGUUCCCACCUAUUUACAAUUUUAUCAUCAAUUUCCUGAACACAAUAGAAGCUCAGGGGACU